AUGCAGACUACUUCUACAAACAUUUGUGAAAGAAUGGGUCACGCUCAGGAGCUCAGUGAAUUCAAGCUUGGUACCAUGACAGGUUGCCACCUGUGCAAUAAGUCCAUCCGUGAAAUUUCCUUGCUGCUAAAUAUUCCACAGUCAACUGUUAGUGAUAUUUAACAAAAUGGAAAAAAAACUGGGAACAACAGCAACUCAGCCAUGAAGUGAGCGGGGUCAGUUCAUGCUGAAGCCCACAGUAUGCAAAAGCUGCCAAAUGUCUGCAGAGUCAAUAGCUAAAGACCUCCAAACUUCCUGUGGCCUUCAGAUUAGCACAACAGUGCGUAGAGAACAUCAUAGAAUGGGUUUCCAUGGC